GACGUUUUCUUCGCACUCGACGGUUUCAAUGUCAUCUCCACUGGAACACCACGAUUCCAUGAGCAACUCGGGGGACGGCGCAGUCGGGCGUUUGAGUCCCGACGACGUGGAGAAUGCUGUGUUAGCUGGAGAGAAAUCCGAUGUCGAAGUCGAUGGACCAAGCGAUGUCCCGUGGACAUCGGACGACGAAGCCGAAUCUGGCAAAAGUGACGACGACGACGAAGGAGGCAGCGACGCCUUGGCAGCGUUGGAAGAAGAGCCUGGCCAUGAUGGCCUGGACUACGGUGCUGUCGAUAAUAAUGGCUGUGACGAGGAUGACGCUGAUGUUGAUGAGUCCCCACAAGACUCUGGCAUUUCCCCUGUCUUCGAACCUGUCCAUCCCAUUCAUGACGACCUCCCUAUAAACUCAGCACCAGACCAUGAAGAUGCCAAUCCCGACAACAACCGGUCCCGCAACAAGGCGGCGAAACAUUCGCGUGGGAUCGACCGAGGGAUAGAGAAAAGGACUGGUGCGAACGAGAAGCCACCAUCAGAGAAGCCCAGUCGAACCAGGCGAAAGUCGAUGACGACGAGGGAGGGAGGGUCUCCUCCACGCGAUGGUCUGUUCAAGAAGGAGCGAGACAUGAUCGCAUUGAACAUGAAGAAGCUGCGCGCGAUUGCGCGAAAGGCCCCUGUCCAGGUGCGCAUUUGGACGGAGCCGCGAAAAGUCAAGACGCCGAUGGAUAAAUAUGCUUGCGCCGAGGCCGAAGCAGUGUGCAGCGACAUCUUUUGGGCGGCGAUCAAGGACGACUUGAUUCGCCUCCAGCACUUGGUCCAAAUGGAAGGUGUGUCGGUGCACACAACGAUGGAUCCGUGGAUGUUUCACCAGACUCCGUUGCACUGGGCAGCAAAAGGCGGCGCAGCCCAAGCGAUCGAGUUCUUGGUUGGAUGCGGAGCCGAUGUUUACAAGCGAGAUGAUGUACGUUACUGGAAAUUGGAGGAGUGGAUGGCGCUCAGCGAUCGUAGAAUGGCAGCAUUCCGUUGUAGGCCCUUGCGCCCCUCGUUUGGACAAAUGUAUAGUGGACGAAUGUCGUGUCGUAGGCAUCUGGCGUGUUGGGCGGGACACACAGACGCUGCCAUGGCGCUGCUUCGGGCAGGCGACCUCAAGGACCUCCUCAUCACAGACUACGACGUAUCGCCUGCUGAACAUCCGAGUUGGUGCUGACGAAAAAGACCACGUAGGCGAAUCUGAAUCCGCUCGAGUGGGCUGGGGUGCGCCAGCACACAGAGUGCCUUGCGGCUCUGAACAAAGUACGUGUUCCUUGCUUGUUGAGCACUCUCACACGUCGGUCGGUUUGCCUAGUUUUGUGACAGCGUGUGGCUACCGCAGUUUGUGGCCGAUUUGAUCUGGAAGAUCAUCUCGAAAACAAAGAUGCGCACGGCGGAAGAAAAGCGCCGUGAAGAGCAGAUCGCGGCGGAGCGGGCCGAACUCAAGCGGUUGCAGCAAUUGGCCGAGCAGGCGAAGGAAGCUGCUCAAAUGGGGCAAGCCGUUGUGUUGGAUGGCAGCGAUGCGACGAAAAUCACAUUUUCCACCGCGACCGUCGCAAAGACACAAUAACUACCGCCAUUGCUCGAAUAUUUACAUUGUUCAAAUUCGAACUUGUCCAAGAGGCGCUCGCCGUUUCAUGCUUCACGGGAAAGCG